AUGGACCCUGAAACAAGAAAGUUGAGCCAUCAGAUCUUGUUAGAUCGAUUGAACUGCAGCAUAGCUCAAAGAAAUAUCAAAAAGAUCAAUGAACUUAUGAGCAGAGCUCAAGUUGAGCUCGGACAUAUCAAUAACUUGCAGGUGUCAGAGGCAUCGGAUUUUCUGAUUGAAGUCAAAGAGCUCAUAAGUGAAGAACCGCAUCAGGAGCUCGAUUAUGAUUUGGUGAUAGAUGUGCUAGAACAGGUAAUCUCUAGGAUGCCCUUCGACCAGAUAAUCGAGCAGUUCUCGCUAGAGGAUUUGAGUUCAUCUAUCGAGAGUUACGUCCCAAAGCUGGUUAAGCUGGCCUGCAAAGUAAUUCAGAGGUCAGAGCCCAAGGGCUUGUUUGCUGGAUCAGGACUGGUGGAUUUACUUCUCAGCAGGCUUUUCAACUCUGAGACCGAUGUUGGUUCCGUGACAGAAAUUGAAAAUGUUUUCAGACAACUGAGUUCUGACAAGUUGAUCAGAAGACGCAUCUUGAGCCAUAACAGCAAACAUUUGAUCCAUGUGAAGGCUGGAUUUGAUCCGAUUUGUCUGGCGAGAUUAGUGGAACUCUUACAGGUAAUGGUUCCUUUCUUAGACUGCAGCGAGCUCAAUGAGAAAUUGUUAAUAUUCAGUGAAGAGGAAAUUGUCAAGAGCAUCAAUACUGACAUCUUUCUAUUCAUUGCCAUAACCAACUAUUAUAUUGGGCUGUUGGAGUCUACCAGGUCUAAGCUGGAGUACGACCGUUCCAGCGCUUGGCUUGUUACCCACAUAUUGGACGUCACAAUAUCGACUUACGGCAAACUGUACUCGACUGCAGAGGAGCUAUCCGAAGUACGUACCUACGGAAAACAAUGCAUUUUUGGCCUCUUCAAGCAAAUUUCGCUGCUCGAAGACCAAGAGCCCUUCAAACGCCUGGAUCAUCAAUACCUCCAUUUGACAGAAUCAAAUCCAGAAUUCUCGGAGUUCCAGAAAUUCAUUAACCCGCUGUUUUUGAUAUCAGAGAAAAGAAGCAUUGUUCUUGAAAACCUCAAGAUAAGACCUUCACACUUGGCAACACUGAGAAACCUGAUUUCGAACGAGCGCUCUUUUGAUGCAAUCAAGGAAAAGCUGGUAUCAGAUCAAUUAUUGAGCAUGCCCUACUACGAACAGAUGGUUUUGUUACAGAAAAUGUCAAGCUAUGACUAUUCCGCUCUAUUUCUCAUUAACAAUCUGUCGAAAGUUAUGUCAGAUCUUCUCGAUGACAAGGCUGGCCGCAUAACAGAACCAGAAACAGUGGAACUCAGACGACAAGUCCUUGUCAAUUUGCUUCGUCUAGGUGAUGAGGCGCUGAAUGUUUGGAAUGAGCCCUUGAAAAACUCAUACCGGUCAUUCACACUGGGGAUAAAAGCUGGCGCAGGCGCUGCGCAGGUCGCUGAUGUUUAUUUAUAA